AUGUCAAUAAGGAGAGCUUUCAUGCUUUUUGCCCCUCUGUCUUACAUGUAAUUUCAGCACACAUCUGUCAUGAUUUUUCUUAGCUGUUGUCCUAUUCUUACUUUUGUGGGUAUUUUGUUGUUAUUUUUACCACCUCAAGUAUUUUGACUUAAGCAAAAUUGUGAGAAACUCCAGAGCCUGUAUACUUAGAAUACUUUAGUCUUCUGCUACAUCUUUACUACCUUCCUUCUCUUUUUGCUUCCACAGCAUAAGACUUUUUCCUCUCCUUUUCAGUCCUUGUGCUUGCUCUGUUUCCCACUUUCCUUGUGGAGAUCUGUUUCCUGUGGUAUUAACAUAAGCGUGUCUUCUCAAAAUCAGGAAUUGACACUUUGGUGGAAGAUUUUAACGCAAUGUAUUUAUAGCAAUAAAGGCAUAGUUUUCCAUGGCACAGCAAAACUAGCUCUGUUGCUGCUUGGGACUGUGCUUGAAUUACACCUUGAAUGCUGCAGAUCAGUCUCCAGUGCUGGGUAGGUAUGCUGGUAUCUAGUACCAUACUGGAAAAUGUUUCUCCUGGACUGGAGAAUGCCAUUUUGAAAGCCCUGCUGCUUGUUCUAGAAAUCUGCUGCUAAGGUGUGGUCUUUACCUUGGGGGGGGAUGGGGGGGUGGAAACAACAACCCACAAAACAAAAAAAAAAAAGCCAAACCCCACACCAAACAAACAAAAAAACCCCAACAACCAAACCCCAAAUGUGUAGCAGCUGAAAUCAUAGCUGCAGUUGUUAUUUCAACACGGUCCUUAGUUGAAGAAGUCUGAUGAAUUUGAGUUUUGAAAGGUGACCAUACUCUUAUGGUUGAGACACUCUUUUCAAAAAAUCAGAUUCCGGGUGUGUCCCAAGAAAGCAAUAAAGGUAAUGGCUUGAAAAGUCAAAAUAUUAGUUUCUUAACUGACAGAACACCAAAUUGAGGAAAAGCAGCUAAUUCUUUUUGGCUUCAGAAUAAAUCUUCUUUGUAGCUUCUGAGACCCUCACCCACCAUCUGUCUGAGCAGAUGCUUGCUUUGACCAUUUUCCAAAGAUGUCUGUAGCAUUUUCUCAGGUUGUAGUAGUGCUCGUUAGAGCUGUUUCUGUCCACUAUCACUUUAAAUCCUUAAAAUAAUUUCAUUUCACAGGGAUGGUAUAGUAUAGAAAAAUAAAAAUUAUUUUAUUCCGUCCCUGUGUUUGCAGAGAUGACUAAUGCCUGUUGAAAGUUUUUAUGACUGAAAGUGGCUUAGGGCUUAGAGUGUGAAUGCACACAAAUCUCAAUUCAGUUUUAACUUCCUGUCUUUUCAAGGUAGACUUCACAUCACUAGGAUCCACUGCCAUUUUACUCUCCUGCUUAGUAAACCUCACUGCAGCAUCAUAAGCAUACUUGCAUAUCAGCCUGUUCUUCAAUAUUUUUGCUUGAUGUCUGUACAACUUCAGUCUCUUUUCUUCCCUUGACUUUUGAAGUCCUUGAGUAUAACCACUGUGUUCUUUUUUAGUCCAAUCUCAGAUCCUCUACUAAAUUUUAUUUCCUUUCUUUUAAACCUAUUUAUAGGCUGUGACGUUUCUAUUUCUCCAAGAUGUUUGGGAAGAUUGGGAUGCAUAUGGACAUUUUGAUGACUACUUAAGUGAUAAGGACCACUAAGUCGCCCAGAAAGACCGCUUUCAGCAACUCGAAAGAAUGUCUGUGAAAAGGAUCCUGAUCUCUCAGUUUCAGCUGUGGUUAAAGCAAUGCAAAUUGAAAAUGAAGUCUUGCAGCGAGAUCUGCAAAGGCAGACAGUUUUCACAAGCCCUCAGAAGAAGAAAUUUUCUGUUUCAUCUGCUGUUUCUCCAAUGGUUGAACCUCCAGAAAAAAGCCAGGCAAGGACUGCAGUCACAAAAGCUGUUGAGAGAAUGUGUCCUUUUGGAAGCAGACAACAGAAGAAACUUCUGAAAGUCCUUUCGGAGCCUGAGAGCCAUUCUGCUUGUGAUAAUGACAUAUUCCUAUCUGAUGAUAAAUCUGAAGUAGAUUCUACGUUGAGAGAGGUGACAACCAGUGUGGAAAUACAUGAUGCCAUUUAUGUGACUAUGGAACUACUUUCUAACUGGGGAAAUCCAGUAAAUGUGGGCCUGAGAGAGGUGGAAUUCUUUGAUUUAUACAAUGAAAAGAUAUUUGUGUCUCCUCAUGAUGUGGACAUUCGAAAUGCUGACAACCCAGGGGAUUUGUGCUGCUUGGUCAAUAAGAACUUAAAGACCGCGAAGGAAAGCUUCCUUUGGAUGUGCCCUUUCCAUCCGCCCAUCCAACUUUACUUUGUUAUCCGCAAUCUCACCCGGUCACAUGACUUUGGUAUAUCCAAGAUCAAGAUUUGGAAUUACAACACAACAGCUCCCUGUGACCUUGACAUUGGAGCAAAGAAGGUGAAGUUAUAUGUUGAUGAGAACCUUGUAUUUGAUGGUGAAUUAGAGAGAGCCUCUGGAGAUCUCCUCACUGACCAUAGCACUACAAUUGAUCUUACAGAUCACAAGCGAGAUAUCUCUGUGUAUUCAGGUGAAAGGGAAGAAGUAAAUGCACCUACAGUCACAGAGAAGAAAGCACACCUACAUUUUAAAUGCUUACAGUCAAACAGUACUUCACUAAACUGGGAAUCUCUGCCAGAAGAAAAUCUUCUUGAGCAUAAGAUGAACUCAGUCAGCUUUACAAAGGAAAAAUUGGCUGAGUUAGAGGAUGAUCUAAAAAUGUUACCUUCUCAAGUUUGUGUAAAAGAUGCCAAAGAGAAUGAAACUGUUCUAGCAGUUAUGGAGCAUGUUCAAUCUGAUGAUGAAGACCUUAAUCUGAGCGAGCAAAUGGAAAAGCUAACAGGAAGAAAACUGUCUGAUUCUACAGGUGCAAUUCCUUCUUGGUUACGGUCAUCCUCCCAAUUAACAGAGAAUAACCAAGUUACUUCCAGUAAACAGAAGCCUCCCUGGCUUGCUACAGAACAUGGUUUAGGCUUGAGAUUUCAAACGCAGUCAGAUGGAAUAAUGAAAAACUUUUCAGAUCUGACUAAUGAGGAUGUCAAAUGUGAGAGAAAUGAGCUGGGAAGAUCCAGUAGUAGAAAUGCAAAUGGAGAUGAGAGAUCACAAAUGCUAACCAGAAAGGAUGGUGGUGUGGGCUUGGACAUUUCGGAGCAACUUUCUAACAAAAAUUGCUGCAGCUUACAGUACCCUACAAGUGGAAGGAGAAGUGUCAGAUAUGUAAAAAAGGAGGGUUUAAACACUAUAAAUCUUGGAGAAGAUUAUUCUGCACGCAAAGAUAAAGACUUUUCUGUCAAGGACAUAGCAACCUCUAGAGCAGAGUGGCACAACGAGCAAGAGCACACUCUGCAGGAGUCAUGGAAUUCUUUGGUAAAGUUUAAUUAUUCCCAUCGCGGCCGAAUCUCUAACAUGGAUUUUCAAGGGGAUAUCUUCGAUGAGUUUCUCCAUCAACAGAAAAUCAACCGGCCUGGAGAACAUCAGCAAAUGAGAAAAGAGGGACUACAAACACUACCAAAAAGGCAAGAAGAAGAAGAAAAUUCUGUGGAGGCACAUGAUGGAAAUGAUUUUAAAAUUCCUGUUUUACCUUAUGGGCAGCACUUAGUGAUAGACAUUCAAACAACAUGGGGAGACAGACAUUAUGUUGGUCUUAAUGGAAUUGAAGUUUUCAGCUCUAAAGGGGAGCCUGUUCAGAUUUCAAAAAUAACAGCUGAACCACCUGAUAUAAAUAUUUUACCAGCUUAUGGCAAUGAUCCCAGAAUAAUAACCAACCUAAUUGAUGGGGUAAAUCGGACGCAGGAUGAUAUGCAUCUGUGGCUAGCACCAUUUACCCCUGGAAAACCUCACUUUAUUUUUAUUGACUUUGUGAAUUCCUGUCAAGUAGCUAUGAUUAGGAUUUGGAAUUAUAAUAAAUCUCGCAUACACUCUUUCAGAGGUGUGAAAGACAUUAUAAUGGUGUUAGAUGAACAAUGCAUCUUUAAAGGAGAAAUUGCGAAAGCUUCAGGAACCUUGUCUGGAGCUCCAGAGCACUUUGGGGAUACUAUAUUGUUCACUACCGAUGAUGAUAUUCUUGAAGCUAUAUACUGCUAUGAUGAGACAUAUGAUGGAGAAAUGGAAAAUGCCAGUUCUUUGAGAUACGAGGAGGAGCUAAAAAGGCCAACAACUGCUGAUAGGGAGGGAGAUGAAAGACCUUUUACACGAGCGGGGUUAAGAGCAGCAGAUCAACAGGUUCAAGAGCCAGACCCUCUCUCUGAAAGUAUACCCAAGGAAUCAGGAAUAUUUACUGGAAAAUGCCUGCAACUGAAUUUUACCAUGACCUGGGGAGACUCUCAUUACCUUGGACUGACAGGACUUGAAGUGAUAGGAAAGAAUGGUCAUGCAUUAAAAUUAAGUACAGGACAGAUUUCUGCUUCACCCCAAGACUUAAAUGAUCUUCCAGAGUAUACAGGAGAUUCCAGAACAUUAGAAAAGUUAAUAGAUGGGACUAAUAUCACAGUUGAGGAUGACCAUAUGUGGCUCAUUCCCUUCUCUUUUGGAGAAGAUCAUCUGCUCACAAUCUAUUUUGAUAAAAUUGAAAGUAUUGCAGGGCUUCGCUUUUGGAACUAUAAUAAAUCUCCAGAGGAUACCUUUAGAGGGGCUAAGGUAGUCCAUGUGUUGCUGGAUGGUCACAGCAUCUCCCCACCAGAAGGCUUUCUUAUCCGCAAGGGACCAGGCAACUGCCAUUUUGACUUUGCCCAAGAAAUUAUCUUUCUUGACUAUCUGCAGCCCUGGCUGACUAGUAAAGUACAAAGGAGGACUUGUUCAAAGAGGGUGGAACAAGCUAGUAUGGACUAUGAAGCACCGUUAAUGCCUUGUGGUUUUGUUUUCCAGUUUCAGCUUCUGACAAGUUGGGGUGAUCCAUACUACAUUGGUUUGAAUGGACUUGAGCUGUUUGAUGAAUAUGGAGACCCCAUCCUACUAACUGAAAACAGUAUCCUUCUACACAGCAAGCACCUCUAUCCCUUUCAAAUACAUGAUAUUGCUGCUUUUCCAGAUAGUGUCAACAUUUUAGAAGAUGUAUCUGGAGACAUGCGAACUCCGGACAAACUAAUUGACAGAGUAAAUGAUACAACCGAUGGCAGACAUAUGUGGCUUGCACCAGUUCUUCCUGGUUUGGUUAAUAGGGUAUAUGUAAUUUUUGAUGUACCUACUACUGUGUCAAUGAUCAAGUUAUGGAAUUAUGCCAAAACACCUCAGAGAGGUGUGAAAGAAUUUGGUCUUCUGGUGGAUGACUUGCUUGUAUACAAUGGGAUUCUGGAUAUGGUGAACCAUGUAGUAUCGGGCAUCCUACCAACCUGUGAUCCCGUGGUCCCGUAUCAUACCAUUCUCUUUACAGAUGAUGAGAAGAUUUGUCAGCAGGAGAAGAGAACUGUUAUUAGCAAUCAUGUGAGAGAUCAGGAUGUACGAAUGAUGAAUGAAAAUGAGAUUGUCACAAACAGCAAAAAGAAGCAGGCUGUGGCUGAUCCAGCUUUGCGUCCAAAAACCUGCAUACGUGAAAAAGGACUGCAGAGGAGGAAAAGAUAACGAGAGGUUGUGAUUGGAAAGUCCUGGAUACACCCAGCCCAAAAUACCUCCAAUCUAGCUCUUCAAGAUGUAUAUCAUCCAAAUAGAAGGUUUUCCAUGUCUGCUGCUGCUAUGAGAGGAAGUUUUAUUCACUACAGGAAAAAUUCUUCAGUAAUGAAAUUUAAAGCAUGAAUUCAGUUUUCUCUUUUUGGUUUUUUUUUAUUUAAUUGUCAUUAUCUGUCUGAUUUUUUUUCCCCUCUCUUAAUUGAAGACACAGGGAGGAAGGAACAUAAACGAGUGAGUGAGAACUGAGUGGGAUUGCUAACUGACAACUGUUCCUGCCAAGUAUCAAGUACUUGUGUGAAGGAGGGUGGUCAUAACAAGAGGAUUUCAGACUAUUUCUCAAGCUUUAAUUCCUAAAUCCUAGCUGGAUGAUAAUGAAGCUUCUCACUAGAAGGAGUCUGCUUUGUUUCUAAUGCCUGAAACAGUUCUUUGGGAAAUGCACUUAUUAGAGGAAAUAUUCUCUAUCUCUCUGUCUCUGGCCCUCCACUCUGUGUUUUGAUGCCAUGGCUCUGUAGGGACUGACACUGCUUCUGACAUCUGGAGAAGUGUGAUGAAUGCUUUUAGAAAAUAAAGAUCAGGUUGUAGGUUUAGGUUUAUCAAGUUUAAUAAGUAAGUUUCAGCUAUCACUUAUCUUUUGCAGUGAAAUAAUAAUUUCUUGCAUUAUUUCACUACCAUGAGAAAAGCAAAAUAGGUGUUUUGUCUGAAGUGCUGUUGGCAGGUGCUCUAUACAUUCUUCAGAGUCCUCCUGCUACAGAGCAAUGAUCUUUUCUCCUGUAUUUGGUUAUGUGAACAAGGAGGCCGUACCUCUAUGCUACACCAACCAGAUCUAUUGCCAGCAACAUAUCAUCACUGUUGAGAAAUGGUAAAUGCAUUUUAACUAGAAGAAGGUAAGGAGUGAACUGCAUUUUUAAACACAAAAUACUCUGCAUAUGUAGUUGUUUAAACAAAAACUCUAACCAAAUAAUUAUGUUGCAGGAUUUGAAGCUAUGCAAAUGUACUUUGCACUGAAAAAUUGUCAGUGGUGACAACUUGUAAAUCUCUUCUGUAGAAGAUUCUUCCUUUCUUGUUUAGAACUCGCUGGUUUCCAGAGAGAAUUGAAUGCUCUGAAGUCAGUAUAUGCUUUUAGACAUGAAACAGCUUCUGAUACAGAAUCAAAAUGUGCUGCUUCCCUUUCUGUACUAAAUCAGGAGUGCAAUAUCUUGUAUAUUUGCUUAUAAAAAGCAUGCUUCUUAGCUGUUGUUGGCUAAACUGAAAAGGCUUAAGGUAGCAAUGCAUCUCCCAGAUUUCUGUGUAUUGAUGGAGCAACAAAAUGUAUUUUGUUCUAAGUACAAAACACCUUACUUAUAAAUGUAAAACAGUGUAUGUGA